AUGAGCGUGUUGGGGCGUCGUCUGGCGGGCACGGAGGGUGCCUACUUCCUUCGGGAAUCCAAGAACGCUGCCGGGCGCCUCGCCGCUCAAAAUAAGAAGGGCACUGGCAACAGCAAGCCCUCCGUCGGGGUUAUCGUCGGGGGUGCGGCGGCGGAGAACUUGGCUGAUGUACUUCCGGAGGUCCUUCGCCAUUCCAUUCCGCUUCGCCCCGAGCAGGACGUCGUCUCCUCUUCCUUAGCCGAAGGUUGCAAAUGGACCCUGGGCAACGACGUGCCUGCCUCUUUUCCGCGACAGGGAGGCGCGAUGAAUCCUCUGAGGGAGUACGUUUCUCUCCCUCAGGUCACCCUCGGCCCCAAAAGGUCUGUUCUUUCUCUCUCUCGGUCUCUCUUAUUCGCUCGCUAUCGCAUACAUGAUGUUAGUUUGAUGGUUGUUAGAUGGCGAUUGCCCGAUGGAGAGAGCUCUAUCUUGGCCUCCACCGCAAACGAGCUGAGGAGAGACAGGUACCCAGAACCUGUGGACUUCGAGAAGCUGAAGGCUGCCGCUGCAGGGUUGUCGCAGAGUAUCUUCCUUUUUCCCAAUUUGCUUAUUUUGCUUUCUUCUGUCUGAAGACGUUUUUGGAGACCUGUUGAUCUUUUUCGUGUCAGCCCUGUUUCUCGUCCUGUCCAUCAAGUUUUGAGCUAUCGCCGGUAAUUUCUUGUAGCUUGUUCUCUAAAUUAGUUCUCAAAUGAAAUAUUAACGAAUGUUUUGAUCAUAGUGUUUCUCAAGGCCGACGCAGCAUAAAUCGCUAAGUAACUACCAUAAGAUGUCAGGAGACAUGCAAUAUGCUUCAUUUAGACCUAGUGGACGCAAAUGAUUCUAUCUUGUCUAGAUUUUCCUGUCAGAGUGAGAGGAAGGGACAGUGAAUGCUAUUUGGCAAUAUCAUGCAAUCUCUUAGUAAACACUAUUGCCAAAUCUAUGCUGAUGUUAAGGAGGAUUUUCGCAAAAAACAUGUUACUAAAAAUAGUAAAAGACGCUCACACGUGAAGAGUGAAUUAAUUUUUGGCAAAAAAGUCCAUUUUUAUACUCAACAAGGUGCCGUGGAACCCCUAUGAUUGUUGAUGAAUAGAACGUUGGCAAUGUCAUGGAGAGUUUUUGUCGAAUUGAAAUAUGAUUUUUGUUUGGACCUAAAAAUAGAAAAGGUUCUGGGAAUUCUUAUAUGUCGUUGACUUCAAAUGUAUGUUGUUGAGUCAUUUUGCUGAAGCUGAGUAAGAACUUGAAGAAUUGGCUGUCUACCAAUUGUGGAACUUAUCGAGAUGAAAAAGGGAAGCAAGAAGGAGAAAUAUCUUCAUUAAUGCUCAGGAAAGAUGAAGAUGAUUCACUUUUAGUAGGAUAUGGAGGAUAGCUUCUAUUUCAUCACAUUUUUGGUGAAUAAUUGAAGAUGUAGCCAAAAUGUCAUUUUAUUUUCCGAUCAAGGAGUAUAUGAUACAUAAGUAAGAGUAGAAAUAAUGUUUCUGUGCCACCUGCCGAUAUGACCCCUACAUAUCCCUGUGGAUUAAGGAUGGAGUAUUUGUACGAACAGAAGAAUUUAAUCCAAAAAACGCAAUCAUUUUUUUUUUCAUGCCCAAGAAAGUGCUGUCUUACCAGGGUCUUGGUUGAUAAUAAUAGUAAAAAUAAUGUGAUUGGGGUGAGCAUAAAGAGGAUUUAUUAAUAUCCUUUUGUUUUUUUCAACGAUCAGCUUUGAGUAUUCCAUCUUGUUAUGGGCCUGACUUCAUCAAUUUAUAAUCUUGCAACACUUUUCUUAUGGUUAAUUAAAUUAUUCAUAAGUUUUCAGUGAUUAUGACCUUUUGUUCACCAGACUGGAUUUUUAUCUGCUUCUUAUGUUCCCAGGCAAGCACACUGAUGUUUCGUAAUUUUAAUUUUGUUCACAGUUGGAAAGGCAUUUGCCAUUGCCACUACAGUUGUCCUCGGCGGUGCGACCUCCGUAUUUGUUCUUACAGCCUCCAAGCUACAUAUACAGAGCGUAAGUCACUUCGAGUCUCCAUUUUAACGCAUUUAAAAUCGCUCCAGCUGAGGCUAAUACCAUGCAGAUGAGCUGUUUGAUUUCAUGCCGUGAUGUGGGCGAUUUGUGCACUGCGUGCUUUAGCUUCUAUAUGCGGUCGUGAUUGCCCUUUCUUGGACUGAUGAAUUCGUGCCUAAAAUCGGCCUUUUAUUUCAGACAGAUGACGCGAGAGCCAGAGGGCGAGACCUGAUUCAGCCGGCUGCUGAGUUCUUCCGAGAGCGGAUGGCUCCAUUUCGGACAUGGGUAUUGCUCUUGGAACCCCCUUUUCCUCUGAGCCAAGCACUUUCUUGGAAUCCUUUCCCUCGUUGACCUGGGUUCCCCUCGGGAUUUCCGGUGUUUGACUUAGAGGGCGCCCCUGGAGAGCUUGACUUGCGGUGGUGACUGCAGGCGGAGAACAAUUCGACGAAAUGGCGUUCCGUCGGAGGGGAUGGACCCGAGGAGAAGGAAGUCAUCAAGCAGCUGUCCAAGACGCUGGGACGAAGAGAUUUCUAA